AACUAAGGAUUAUCACUGUUUUUUUAUCGUCAUGAAUACUCGAGUGAAGUGUUAGCAGCUUUUUGACGGUCCCAAUAUCAAGCGUAAUUAUCUUUACUCAAAACUUGUUUUCUGCCGGAAAACAUGUAACAUUGCAACUAAAUAUCGGAACGAACACCGCAUUGUUAACCUUUCUGUCUUUUCUUUGACAAAGAAUUUUAAUAAUAAAAAUUGAUGGUUUACCGGAAAAGGAAAAGGUGAAACGAAAGGCUUUAACACCACCUAUGUCAGGUUUAUUUGAUUUGUAAAGUUAGUCGUGUUUUCGACGUCAAUAUAAAGAAUCUCAAGUGCUCCCAUGCUACGUAGUUCGACACGGGGGUUUAAAUUCUCCAGUAACAAGAGUUCCGUGCUUCAAUACAUUUAAGUUCCAUCUUCAACAGGUUUUCAAUGCUCUCAAAAAUGACCUUCCUACUAGCUUUGAUCUUAAUGGUAGCAACUUCAGCGAAGGGUAAGUCAAUGUUGUGUUUUCGUUUGUGUGUAUUUUUGUUGGAACUCUGGAUAUAAAAGGUAUUUCAACAGUAGAUAUAAGGCUAUGGUUUUCUUAAAUUGGGAACUAUUUUUCCUUAGAUAAAUACCUUAAAAUGGGAACUGAUGAGCACUUUGUAGCUUCGAUUUUGUUACUUUGAUUGUUUUUUAUCAUUUUUGACGUUGUUUUGCAUCGCUUGUUUAUUGUGGGCGGUGAUCCUGACGCCUUUGUUUCCACCUGAACAAAGAUGUGUGAAAAGUGAACAAAAUAAGGAAUAGAAUUGAAUGAUAGUUCAUUUUUUGUACGGUGUAAGGUUUAAUUGUGUAAAGCUUAGAUUCAAGGUUAAAUAGAUAGUAUUGUAAUAAUAUAGCCUGUGCCUUGCAAAAUGAAUUUGCGAGAAAAAAAAAUAUUGAGUAAAAAAAUAAAAAAGGCUUUUUCAAAAAGCGAAUAGAAAGUUAGUGAUCAUAAGAUAUAUUUUGAAGGCAAAUACAGGGAUACCCGCUAUCUUUUUCCUAUUUUUCGAGUAGUGUGUUGAUACCUGUGAGUUUGAACAGUUGAUAAAAGCAGGGGUCAUCUUAUUCGAUUAAUGUCAUCAGCUUUCUUUGUCCAGUAUUUAUUCCCUCUCCAUCGCCUGCCAGGAUGUACCGUGAGACUUAUUUGAGCUCUAUGUCAAACACUAAACGAUGUUAGACAUCGUCGCGUCUCAAGAACGGAAGGAAAGGGUAAUAGGAAAGUGCAAGAGCAGCUUCCAACAAGCAGCAAAAGGAAUUGCUUUUAAGCAUUUUAAAAAAUGCCCUCCGUCUCCCGAAACAUUUUGGUCUAAGAAUUCGCAAGUAAUGUUUUGUAGCAUUCGCAAAGAAAAACAAGGAUGCAAUGACAAACACUAAACGAUGUUAGACAUCGUCGCGUCUCAAGAACGGAAGGGAAGGGUAAUAUAUACCCUUAGCGUAAUAUAUUACACCCGAAAUAUAAAUUUAUAUUUUUUUCAAGGUUAUGAGAGCAUCCAAGACAAAGAAGUCCCACCAAACGAACGACUUAGCAGCUGCGAUAUCCAAAUCGAGAAAAUCGGUUGCUAUAAUGACACCGGUAAAUUGCCACGCCCUUUGCCGGAGCUUCUUCUGAAUGACAGGAAUCCAGAAAGUGUAGAAAACGAUGGUCACAUAUUUGACUGGGACAAGCCAGACGCCUCAAUGCAGAGCCUAGUGUGCCGUUGUGCGAAGCGCGCUCUCGAUAGGGGCUACUCUCAUUUCGGAUUACAGUUCUACGGGGAGUGUUGGUCAGGGAAGAACGCUGGUUCAACUUUCAAAACUGAUGGGCCUUCCCGCACGUGUCUGGGGAGAUCUCUCAAAGCCUGUGAUGCCGGAUCCGAUUUCCCAUGCACUGGCAGAGACUUCAGCAACUUCGUGUACAGAAUUCGUCAAACAGGUCCUGCGAUGACUGCCAAGCCCCCAGCCGGACCUUGCAUCGAUGAAGAGCCAACACUUUGCGCUCACUACGCUGACAAUGGUCUUUGUACCCAAAGCUUCCCUCUCGUCCUUAAAAGAUGCAGGAAAUCAUGUAAACUCUGCACUAAGUGAAGAUGAUGACUAAUGUCAAGUGCAAGUCUGGUUUAUUAUUGAAUUUUAAGUCACUGUUCUUUCUCCUCUGUCUUAAUAGUGGCUAGUCUGCCAAGUGCGUACAUGCUUCGCCCGUCUCAUUGCUCACUGUAAUAACAGCAAUUUACCUUUAUCUUAUUCAACAAGAAAUUAUGUAACAUAUCAUAUGUGCAGAGGAUAAAGGUAAAAAUAAAAGAUAUAUUAAAAUUA